UUGUAUUCCAAUACUUUCUGAUUUUUUUUGUUAUGAAACAUUUUUGUAAUAUACAGAUUUUGUAUUUUCAAAAAAACAGUCAUUAGUCACAACCCUUUUUCCCAACAUUGCAACUUCAUGUAUAAUAUUAGAUCCAUAAUAUAAUAUUUUCAUAACAAAACCAUUUUUUUGUCAACUGAGUUUUUGUAGCCUUACAGCUUUUUUUUCAUCAUAAAACAUUCUUUGUUAAAAUAUUAUUUCACUGAUAAUUCCUUCCUAACAUGACAAAAUGUACUUUUUCCUCAUAAAAUUAGGAGUGUUUUUCUCCUGCGAGUGUGACAAACAUUUUUAUGAAUAUCACGACUCAUUUUUGGGCCUUAUUUCACGCGAGCUUGCAUCUUUUCCAGGAGAGGAAGUUUGUGGGGGGCUCCAACCAGAUCAGCGAGUGCAUGGCCAGAGAACUGGGGGAGCGUGUCAAGUUGCAGUCCCCGGUCUACAGGAUCGACCAGAGCGGGGACAUGGUGGUGGUGGAGACCACAGACAAACAAACCUACAAGGCUAAGUACGUGAUUGUGGCCACGCCUCCCGCGCUCAACUUGAAGAUGCACUUCAACCCCGAGCUGCCCCCCCUGAGGAACCAGCUGAUCACCCGCGUGCCCAUGGGCUCGGUCAUCAAGUGCAUGGUGUACUACAAAGAAAACUUCUGGAGGAAAAAGGGUUUCUGUGGCACCAUGGUGAUCGAGGAGGAAGGGUCGCCCAUUGGACUGACGCUGGACGACACAAAGCCCGACGGGACCGUGCCUGCCAUCAUGGGAUUCAUCCUUGCCCGCAAAUGCAGAAAGCUGUGUGGCCUCACCAAAGAGGAGAGGUUCAAGAGGAUCUGCGAGAUCUACUCCAAAGUGCUGGGCACUGACGAGGCUCUGCAUGCGGUCCACUACGAGGAGAAGAACUGGUGUGAAGAGGAGUACUCGGGAGGAUGCUACACGGCCUACUUCCCCCCAGGGAUCCUCACGCAGUUUGGAAGGGUCCUGAGGGAGCCCGUGGGAAGGUUGCACUUUGCGGGGACCGAGACCGCCACUGAGUGGAGUGGCUACAUGGAGGGGGCGGUCCAGGCCGGAGAAAGGGCAGCAAGAGAGGUCUUGUGUGAAAUGGGUCGAAUCAGCCGCAGUCAGAUCUGGCAGACGGAACCCGAGUCCACGGAAGUGGUGGCGCUCCCAUUUGUGACCACCUUCUGGGACAGGAACUUGCCAUCAGUGGGCGGAGUCUUCAAGCUGAUGGGCGUCACCACCGUGCUGUGCGUGGUCGCCACGGCGGCCGGCGUGGUCGCCUACAAGAAGGGGCUCCUCCCGCGCUGUUAAGGGCCCCGCCCGGGAGCCCCCGUCCGGUCCCAUGUGGCUUGACACGCACCGCCAGGAACACGUAGCAACACGGAACUUUUGAAAUGGUUUUAAAAAAAAACAAACACACAACACACCAUCUUUACUACUCCGUGCACUGCCAGCCAUGUUUACUUUCAUGAUCACCUGGGAUUUUUUCUAGCUGCGUGUGUGUGUGCGUGCGUGCGUGCGUGCGUGUGUGCGUGCGUGUGUGUGUGUGUGUGUGUGUGUGUAUGUGUGUGUGUGUGCGUGUCAAAUUACCUCUGCUGAUUAUUUUAGGUGCUGAUUAAUAGUGCUGAUGCAGCAUUUGUGCCACGGCAAGACAAGUCACACAGGAAGUUGAACAACACGUCUGGUACUCUCUCCCUUUUUGUUUGAUUCUAUUUGUUAAUCAAAGCCAUACAAAAACUAGAGGCAUUGUUUUACGUUUUUAAAAAUGUUUUGUAUAAUUUAUCAGUACGGAGCCCCUAAAGAGACAUGGGGGAAGUUUAUUUAUAUAUA